GUGUCAUAUCUGGUGUACUUACCAUGCAACAUUUUCGUGAAGAAUUCCCUUCUGGUCCAGCAAUAGAAGGUUCAAUUGUGUCUUCAUUCUUGGCUGGUUGUUUUGUCGGUGCUCUCGCAUCUGGAUAUUUUGCUGAUCGCUUUGGAAGAAAAUAUUCUAUUUUGGGUGGUUCAUUA